UUUUUAUCCCGAAGAUAAAAAUCAUAUUUGCGUUCAUUCAACGUUUCUUAGUAAAAAGUAAUCGUCCAAUCUAUUCACUAAUGCUACUUAUCAAUUAAACUUCUGCAAAACAACUAAACAAGUGUACUUUCCCUUUUACAUAACUUACGUGACGUAACUUAUCUCGUGUUAACAUAGAAUAAUGUUAAGAUAUAAAAAACUCGUUAGCAUUAUUAUUUCUGAUUAAAUCUCACUUUUAUCAUUAUUAAAUUGAAUGACAUACGAAAACAAAUCUUUCGAAUUGCAACAUUGCAGAGAAUUAUAUCAAUUAAUUUUCCAAUCAAGAAUGUCAAUCCUUGUUAAUUGAAUGAGAAAUCUGUAAAAUGUUGACGAUUAUGUUAUCUCGAAAAUGAAAACUGAAAUUAAAUAAAUUUUCCGGUGUUUACAAUUAUUUCGCGUGCCCCAGGAGAUAAUGGAAGUUUUUUGGCUCGUAUCACAAUUUGCGCCGAAACAUACACAGUUGAGAUUCAAAAUGCUGAAGCAUGUAUUGUCGCGGGUUACAUGCCCGGACUCAGUGGCAUGGUACCGAUUAAUAAAGAAAAUUGCAUGAACGAUGAACUUCGUGCGAAUAGUUUCUUAUCAAAUUCUCUCGAGUGUGCUCGAACGUGUGUAGCAGGGCAGACGAAGACAUGCUAUUACAAAUUUACAGUAGAACGUUAUCCCGUUAAUGGCAAAGCAUGUGAUUUGUGCAUGCCGAACGCUACUAACUCUCUAUGCCCCGAAUGUCAAUGCGUUCCCGCUGAUGGAACACAGCGCAUGGCUCUGACUGUGAACAGAAUGAUACCCGGACCGAGUAUACAAGUCUGCAAAGGAGAUUACGUUGUGGUCGACGUAACGAAUCUAUUAAAGUCAGAUUCGGUAACGAUUCAUUGGCAUGGAUUAUUUCAGAAUGGUUCUCCGCAUUACGACGGAGUCCCUUUCUUAACUCAAUGCCCAAUCCCAACUCAAACAACAUUCAGAUAUCAAUUUCACGCGAAUAAUCCUGGAACUCAUUUUUGGCACGCUCACACAGGACCGCAGAAAUUAGACGGUAUCUUUGGUAGCAUGAUCGUCCGAGAACCAUCCGAAUAUGAUCCCUCUUCCUCUCUUUACGACUUCGAUUUAGCGAAUCAUGUGAUAUUUAUCAAUGACUGGCUGUCGGAAGAGUCUACUAGUAGAAUUCCAGGCCGCAGAGCUGGUCAGACGCGAACUGAUGCCGAAUCCUAUUUGAUUAACGGGAAAGGUAGAUUUAUAGAUAGCAGUGGUGCUACAGCGAACAUACCGUUUGAAGUGAUUACAGUAGAUGCUAAUCAGCGUUACCGUUUCCGCUUAAUUAAUUCAUUCUGUACAACCUGCCCCGGGGAACUUACUGUCGAAGGACACAAUCUCACUGUCAUCAAUUCUGAUGGUCAACCAAUAAAGCCCAUCGUCGUCGAUUCUCUUGUUUCUCUCGCGGGAGAAAGAUACGACUUCGUUAUUAAUACUAAUCAAGAACCUGGCGCUUAUUGGAUACAACUUCGAGGGUUGGAUGAUUGCAGUCAUGUCCAGCAGUUAGCUAUAUUGCAAUACGUGGGUGCAUCAAGUACACCACGUACAGAGGAACCGCAUAAUCCACUGCCUUCCGAAGUUGCAUUAGACAUAACGACCGAUGGAUGCUAUAAGUCAACUCCCAACAAGGGCUGCGUUGAAAAUUUGGAGCAUGCUCUGCCAAUCGAGUCAAAAAUUUUGCAGAAAGAACCGGAUGUGAAAUUAGUUAUUCCUAUAGGCUUGCACAGAUUCGAAGACGAAGAAUUUUACACACCUAAUAAGUACAAGAAUUUUCUAAUAUCAAAAUCAGGGUGGACGGUAAGCCAAACGAUGAGCAAUAUAAGUUCAAUUGGUCUACCGAGCCCGCCUCUAUCUCAAAUGGAAGAUGUUCCUCAAAAUCUGCUUUGCAACGCUGAUAAUUUACCACCGCAUUGUAGCUCACAGAGUGUAUGCGAGUGCGUUCAUGUAAUCAAAUUACCAUUGAAUUCCGUCGUGGAAGUUGUACUAGUCGACGAAUUCAAUACGAGUCAUGUUCGACACCCCUUCCAUUUACACGGAUUCGUGUUCUAUGUUCUGGCAACGGGUCAACCGUUUGGGCCUAUUGUAAACGGAGCGCCGAAAAUGACAGCGAAAGCUUUUCACGAAUUGGAUGCAGCAAAUCAAAUAGACAGAAACUUAAAUUCUCCGCCAGCCAAAGAUACGUUGGCGAUACCAAACAACGGAUACGCUGUACUGAGAUUUUAUACGGACAAUCCAGGUUUCUGGAUUUUCCACUGCCAUCAAUUAUUUCAUCUUCUCGGUGGCAUGGAACUUAUUUUCCAAGUUGGAGAAGUAACGGAUAUGCCGAAAACACCUGACAAUUUCCCGAGAUGCGGGCAUUAUAAGCCGAAUAUUAAAAGCUCGUAGUAGCUUUAUAGAACUUGGAAAUGUGUGAAAGUAGAUCAAAGAAAUUGUUAAAUGUAAUUUAAUUACUAAGGUACCUUUUGUAAUUCUUCAGUAGCCUUUCCAUCGAAUUUUGAUGAGUAAGAAAAAACGACUGGGUAGUGAACUCGUCAGUUGCACCUAUUAACGACAUUCGAAAUAAAUAUUAAAUGAAGUGACUGUAAUUUCUCUUUAUUACAUAUAACAGCGGGAAAAUGCAGGAAAGAUGAAGCAAAUGGAAUUAAUGAAAAAGAGAAACUAUGUGACAUAAUAAAACUAAUGAAUAUAUGAAAUUAUAAACUCGACAAAAAUUGUGUGGUUAGACGCAAGAAAUCAAAUACCUUUUUGUAUUUUAUGUAUUUGACACAAAUAAAAAAACAUCCAUUCUCUUU